UCUCGCGAGACUUUUUUUUUUUUUUUUAUACCACGCGAAUUAGUUUUCAAACAUGGCUACCGAAGCUGAGGCGGGCGCUGUAGCCGUUGUCGAGGGAGAAUCAGCAGAAAGAGAUGCAUCAUUAGGAGACCUGACGGCAAGCAUGGAGUCUGAGUCCUCCAGUGGAAAAGAUCCUGCGGUGAGUGAGGGCCAUGAGGGGACAGACACGCAAACCGGCUCAGGAGACGAGGAGAACGGACGACAGCUGGGUGAAGUGGAGCUCCAGUGCGCGCUGUGCAUGAAGUGGUUCACGGCAGACACGUUCAGCAUCGACACCGCGACCUGCCUUCCAUUCAUGACCAAUUAUGUGUUCCAUUGCAAUGUGUGUCAUCACAGCGGAAAUACCUACUUUCUUAGAAAGCAAGCGAAUCUGAAAGAGAUGUGCCUCACAGCUCUGGCUAAUCUAACAUGGAGGUCAAGGACUCGCGAGGAUCAUCCCAAGACCAUGUUUCCUAAAGAUAAGGAUAUUAUUCCCUUCAUUGAUAAGUACUGGGAGUGUAUGACAACUCGUCAGAGACCAGGAAAGCUAACGUGGCCGAAUAAUAUAGUAAAGACCAUGUGUAAAGAGCGUGACGUAUUCCUUGUGAAGGAACAUCCUGACCCUGGAAGUAAAGAUCCUGAGGAAGACUACCCCAAGUUUGGCCUGCUUGAUCAGGACUUGUCCACUAUCGGACCAUCGUAUGACAGCCAGAAGCAAACCACUGCUGUUACCACGGGGAACAGUCUGAACGGUGGAUCGUCAUUUUCAGGUGGCCUUCCUCCACCGGGUACGGGUAAAGGCCGAGGCGCCAAACGCAAGCAGCAACAGCAGCAGGAUGGAACCGCUGCAGGAACGGCCAAGAGGACACGCAGCGACCCCUUGUUUUCAGCACAGCGCCUGCCUCCUCACGGCUAUCCUCUUGAGCACCCGUUUAACAAAGACGGCUAUCGUUACAUCCUGGCUGAGCCAGACCCCCACGCACCUGACCCAGAAAAGCUUGAGCUGGACUGCUGGGCAGGAAAACCCAUCCCCGGAGAUCUGUACCGAGCAUGUCUCUAUGAGCGAGUGCUGCUAGCCCUGCAUGAUCGCGCUCCCCAGCUAAAGAUCUCUGAUGACCGGCUGACUGUGACCGGGGAAAAAGGUUAUUCGAUGGUGCGGGCGUCUCAUGGGGUACGAAAAGGGGCCUGGUUUUUUGAAGUGACCAUAGACGAGAUGCCCCCUGACACUGCUGCCCGCAUCGGCUGGUCUCAACCGUUAGGUAAUCUUCAGGCUCCACUUGGCUACGAUAAAUUCAGCUAUUCGUGGCGCAGCAAAAAGGGCACACGCUUCCAUCAGUCCAUUGGGAAACAUUAUUCCGACGAUUACGGACAGGGAGACGUCCUGGGUUUCUUCAUCGAGUUACCGGACAAUACAGAGACUGCAAGGGCACUGCCCGACACUUACAAGGACAAAGCACUGAUUAAGUUUAAAAGCUACCUCUAUUUUGAGGAGAAGGAUUACGUGGACAAGGCAGAGAAGAGCUUGAAGGCAAUAAAUAACAGUCGAAUGAUUUUUUACAAGAACGCCGUGAAUCAGGGGCUGGCGUAUGAGAACCUGUUUGAGGGAAUGUAUUUCCCUGCCAUAUCGCUGUACAAAAACUGUCAGGUAUCAGUCAAUUUUGGGCCACAUUUCAAACACCCGCCAAAAGACGUCAAGUUCCAGCCAAUGAGUGAUAUGGGCUGGGGUGCAGUGAUCGAACAUUCUCUAGCAGACAUCCUUUACCACGUGGAGACGGAGGUUGACGGACGGCGCAGCCCCCCGUGGGAAGGUUAAACCGCACAUGUCUUCAGCCGCACACGUUAAAAGGAAGCGCUUUCUAAAACAUGACGUGCGUGUACUGGAUCUGUACCAUGCGGCCGAUUUACCGCAGGCAAUUCUGACAUGUUUUCUCGUACUAAGAAGAGAAUGGAAAACCCAGUAAUCUUAAACUCAACGAUAAUGGAAGCAACUUAACGUUAUCAUGAUUUUAACCACACAACUGUUCUUAUGAGACAGACACGAGGGAACCCUUACCGUACUGCCAAACGUAUAUAGUUGUUAUAAUGUUGCUGUAAUGUUUUACGGCAUUAAAUGUAACUAUGUUUGGUUAUAAAUUAAAAAACAAAAAAAGUUCUGUGGUAUUAAGGGAAUGAAACAGAAAAACACUUUAGGAUGUGCUGUAAUUGGAAAACAGGCCAAUUUCAGCAGUGGAGCAACACAAUUAAAGUAAAGUACACUUUCUGUUUCUUUUCUUUUGUUAGUCUUACCUAAGUAAAGCUGUCAUUACACAUAACUAACAUUUUCUCCAGGCAUUUAUUUAUUGUCAAGACUAAAUUUGACUUAAUGGGGUUUUUUUUGUUGCUGUUUUCUUCGUACGAUGAAACGUGUCCAUGCACAGACAUUACAGACCCGCCGGAUAGAAAUUCGGCUGACAUACGGUAGAACAUUCAAACAACACUUUACCGGUGGAGCUAAUACACUUCUAAACAUUUUCACUUCAUCUCUAUUCCAUUUCUCACUCGUCAACGAGUCUUCGGUUCCAAGUACAGAACAUCUGUAAGGCGCUCAGAGAUUUUCUAGCGAGUGAGGAACAUCUGGACGUUUAUUACACUGUUAAAUCAUCGUCGUGUAUAUAAGGUGAAACCUUAUGUGAGAUAGAAUCCUGCUUGUGUGUUAUUCAGUGUGUAUCACAUCAGUGCUGAGAGCUAAAAUAAAGUACAGGAGGUGUGAAAGUUUGUGAACUUAUGAAACAGCGAUAUGACCGGUGUUUUAUUUUAUUAUUAUUUUUUUUUAUAUUGAAACACCAACAUAUUGUCUGUUUCAUAUCGUUAGUAAAUUCCAUAAAAGUUGAUCACUUGGAUGUAAAAUAUGUUUUAUUUCUGUUUGGUGUUUCCAUAUCAGUUUUUUUUUUAUACUGAAGUUUGUUUUAAUAAAGUUAAUAUUGUGAAAGUC